UGUGAGGCGAGCGUCAGAGUGAGUCAGUGCACAGGCGUGGUAUAUUUCUGGGAUUUUAGGGAGGAGUGGAGUUGAUUUAGAGAGACCCAAAAGUGGGGAGAGAGAGAGAGAGAAGGGGAGUGAGUAUAUAGGAAGAAGAAGGACAAUGGUUGCAGUGCGGCAGGGAAUAAUUCUCAGAGGACCGGUCGUUCGUCCUUUCUCUAGAAUGAGGUAGAGAGAGAAAGAGAACGAGAAAGAGAGUGGGAAGGGUGGAGAAAUAAGGGGAGGCAGAGUUAUAGAGAGAGAGAAUGCCAGGCAGCGUCCCCGUCGCCCCGCUUGAGGUGCGCGCGCUCCAGAUCCCGCACCACUUCAGGUGCCCCAUAUCUUUAGAGCUCAUGCGUGACCCCGUCACUGUGAGCACAGGCCAGACCUACGACCGAGCCAGCAUCGAGUCGUGGGUGGCCACCGGCCAUGCCACCUGCCCUGUCACGCGCCAGCCACUCCAAGACCAGACGCUCAUCCCAAACCACACCCUCCGCCGCCUCAUCCAAGAGUGGUGCGUGGCUAACCACGCGUUAGGCGUCGAGCGCAUACCGACACCGAAGCAACCAGCCGAUCCGACCCUAAUCCGAGCCAUUCUAGCCCAGGCCGAGUCGGCAUCGAGCUCUUCUCAGGCUCGCCUCUCCGCCCUUCAGAGACUCAAUGCGCUUACUAAAGAAUCGCCCCAUAACCGCGCCCAUAUCUCACUCGCAAUGCACGACCCUCAUCCAGCAAUCCUCUUGCUCGCCCUACACGACCCGAACACCAUACACGACCCCCAAAACUCCGAUGAUCUUGUCCAAGAGGCCAUCUCUCUCAUCGCCUUAGCCCCUGAACCCUAUUGUGCAUCCGUUGUCUCCAACUCCAAUCAUUUGUCGAGACUCUCGGUGUUGCUCGUUCACGCAUCGCUAGAUGUCCGCGCGAACACAGCGGCCAUUGUCGAGGCCGCGCUCUCCUCCGGGCGGGAGUCGCGGGCAAUCAUCGGGGCCACCGACGGCCUCAUCCCCGCGCUCGUGAACCUCCUCCGCGAGCCGCUCGCACACCCCCGAGCCCUCAAGCUGGCUGUUAAAUCCCUCUUCUCUCUUUGCCUUGCAAAGCCAAACCGCGAACUAGCCAUCGAGGCUGGGGCUGCCAGUGCCCUCGUCGAGCGGCUCGUCGACCUCGACCGGUGCGACGCGGAGCGCGCGCUCGCAACCAUAGAACUCCUGUGUAGAACACCGGCGGGGUGCGCGGCCUUUGAGGCUCACGCCUUGGCCGUGCCAUUGCUGGUGAAAAUGAUCCUCAAGGUCUCCGACCGCGCCACCGAGUCGGCGGCCGGCGCUCUCCUGGCGGUGUGCGCCACCUCCGAGGCCACGCAGAAGGAGGCGGUGACGGUGGGCGUAGUCACGCAGCUGCUGCUAUUGGUGCAGAGUGAGUGCACGGCGCGCGCCAAGCGUAAGGCGCAGUUGCUACUCAAGUUGUUGCGGGACGCGUGGCCCGACGAGUCAGUCGCUAACUCGGAUUACGCUUGUAGUGACAUCGUUCCCUUCUGAUUGGUCAUCAGAUGACUCGAAACCUUAUUUAUUUUUUUAUUUUUGCACUUUUUGUUUUUCUUAUCCUACAUGUUCAUAGUUGAGUACAUUGAAACAUCCCUUCUGUUGUUGAAUCCAAAAUUGUAGCGAAGGAAAUUAAAAAAGAGUGCCACUUUGGUUUUUAAGGAUAAAUUACAGAUGA